AUGGAAAGUUUGUUGCCCAACCGAUGUGCUGCCCGACAGCCAAGUCGCAAUAGCGAAAAUGAGGCUGUUUCUGAGUUGAAAGCAGUAGCAAGCCCUCAGGGAUGGGCUCAUGAAGUCUCAUGUGCAAAAGAAGGAAAGUGGACAGACAGUCAAUCUUUAAAUCCAUGCGCAAUUCCACAAUUAUGCAAUGCCUGUGUUACUCACACGUUUUGCUCAAUCCAUGAGCUGUGUCCUAAUGUAGUUAAUAAAAACGAAACAAACGAUUCCAAGUGGACUAAAACGGUGGUACCAAUCAGAACAGCCGUCGGCAAUCAGCCUACCAUCGACUUAACCCUGUCUCGGCUGCCGGAACCAUCAGCUGGACUAUCUGGCCACGUGCAGAGGGGAAGGGACAGGAUCCGUGGCUCUGGUCAGAAUGGCUUAUUAAGACAGAAUAACUCGACUCCAAGACAAGGCCAUAUCGAGACAGAAUAUCAAUCACACACUAUCCUGCAACCAAAAAGCAUACUUGGGUUCCAGCAAGCUUGGUGUCACCAGGACGAAAUCGAACCGGGGGUAAAUCUGGGUCCUGGUGCUGUUGUAAUGGCUCCAGAGUCAAAGCAACAGCAAUAUCAACCCUCAAACGAGUCAGAGCUAAAAAAUAAGUACCUGAAAAACCCAGAUUCGUCUUCUUCAAAUACGUCCGAUAGCCAACUACUGAAGCUUUCUAGGUCGCAGAGAAUGAGCACUUUUAAAAACGAGGCCUCAGAGGUCAAUUUGGCCAUUGUUUAUCCAAGCGCAAGAAACAAUUCAGAGGAAUUGGUUAGGGAAAAUUCGGCUCCCAAAAAUGCACCAAGCCAUAAAGCGGUUGACGGGAACUCAAAUGAUUCAGGAAAAAAACCAAGAGCUUUAAAGUUUACGGAACUAAUUGGAAUGGAUCAGGCUGUCGAAUUUGCCAUAAAUCGAUCUGAAGUUAAGACCAAACACGAUAUUCAAGUUUCAAAAGAAUUCACUUCCACCGAAAGUAAUGAAGAUUUUUCUACCAUCGUCUCUAAUACCGCUCCAGCCUCUCACUUGACUACAACUGUUAAUUCUUUGCCCAUAUUGGCAUAUCCAUCUGUAUGCAGAAGCAACCGAACAUCUAUAGAGCCUGACAAAGCAGCAGAAGUUAGUCAUAGUACACCGCUUGACCGGAUCCAUCGAAUGAAUCUUGUCGACUUCAGCAGGGUUAAGGAAACCUCCUUGUUGAAAGUAAAAGAAAGACCUGAACCUCGUCCAGAUGAGUGGCAGAAGCGUGACAGGAAGGGGGAAAAGGAUAAUGUGCUCCUCCCUCGUAUGCAGUUCUACCGUGACCUUGCCGGUAACAUCAAGAAGGUUGGUGAAUGGCAAAUCUUUUGGCUAUUCAGAACAUGA